AUGCCGGCCACGCUGGGGAUCAACGGCUUCGGCCGCAUCGGCCGCCUGGUCUGCCGCGCGGCGCUCGGCAACCCAGAGGUGCAGCUGAAGGCCAUCAACGACCCCUUCAUGGAUCUCGAGUACAUGGUCUACAUGCUCAAGUACGACUCCGUGCACAAGCGCUACCCGGGCACCAUCGCCACGAAGGUGGCCGACGGCAAGGAGUUCUUGGUCGUGGACGGCAAGGACAUUGCGGUGUUCCACGAAAAGGACCCGGCGUCCAUCCCGUGGGGCGCGGCGGGCGCCGCCUACAUCUGCGAGUCCACCGGCGUGUUCACUGCCCAGGAGAAGGCUGAGCUGCACAUCAAGGGUGGUGCCAAGAAGGUCAUCAUCUCGGCCCCUCCCAAGGACGCCGUCCCGAUCUACGUCGUCGGAGUGAACCACACCGAGUACAAGGCCUCAGACACCGUGGUGUCGAACGCGUCCUGCACCACGAACUGCCUGGCCCCGCUGACCAAGGUCAUCCACGAGAAGUUCGGCAUCGUCGAGGGCCUCAUGACCACGGUGCACGCCAUGACGGCGACGCAGCUCACGGUGGACGGCCCGUCCCGUGGCGGCAAGGACUGGCGCGGCGGCCGCUGCGCCUCUCAGAACAUCAUCCCGUCUUCCACGGGCGCCGCCAAGGCGGUGGGCAAGUGCCUCCCCGCCGUCAACGGCAAGCUCACUGGCAUGGCCUUCCGCGUGCCCACGCCAGACGUGUCGGUCGUGGACUUGACGUGCCGCCUGGAGAAGGGCGCAAAGUACGACGCGAUCGUGGCCGCGGUGAAGGAGGCGUCCGCGGGCUCGAUGAAGGGCGUCCUGGACUGGACCGACGAGGAGGUGGUGUCGACCGACUUCGUGAGCUGCAAGGCCUCCUCCAUCUUCGACGUCAACGCCGGCAUCUCCCUGAACGACAACUUCGUGAAGCUGGUGUCCUGGUACGACAACGAGUGGGGAUACUCUAACCGCCUCGUGGACCUGUGCUGCCACAUGGCCAAGGUGGACGGCGCCUGA